AUGUCCAACAAGCCCAUCUUCGUGGCUACCCACCCUAGAGCAUGCUCGACGGCAUUCGAGCGAAAAGCCCGCGCAGAGAGCGGCUUCGAAAACUCGACAUACGAGACCAUCUUCGACAACAUCAUGAAGGAGAACGAAGAGGGCAAACGCAUCUUCAUCAAGGACAUUACCCACUAUCUGGCUCCUCCGGACGGCAAGCCGGCAUCCAUCGCACCCUCAUUGAUGAAGCUCAAGCGUGGUGUCGGUACCAACGGCAGCAACCCCUUGACAGAUAUGGCCAAUGGCUCCAACGCUUCAGACACCAACGCGGAAAUCUUGAACAAGUUCCAUUUCGCCUUCCUCAUCCGUCAUCCCAAGCACAGCAUUCCCAGCUACUGGAGAUGCACUAUCCCUCCGCUUGACGCCAUCACUGGCUUCUACAACUUCAUGCCUUCCGAGGCUGGCUACGAUGAGCAGCGUCGCCUGUUCGACUACCUCCGUUCUUGCGGCCAAAUCGGUCCCAAGCAAGCAGGUCAGGACGGCGAGCAAAAGAGCGGACCUGACCACACUCACGCCAAGGAGGCAUUCGAGAAGUGGAGAGGCUUCCACGAGGAUGCCAUCAACUCAACCGAGCUCAAGCCCAGAACUCACAAGAAGGCUGAGAAGAGCGACGAGCAGCUUUUCGCUGAGUGGUCCGAAAAGUACGGCGAGGAGGCUGCCAAAAUUAUCCAACAGACCGUUGCAGACAACGUCAAGGACUACGAGCAUAUGAAGCAGUUCGCCAUCAAGGUAUAA